AAGGGUUUUCUCCCACGGCAUUCAGAUGAUGGCUGACACAUUCUUAUACAGUUUCGUUUCCAUUGCUAGCACCACGCUCAUAGAACGCAUCAGCUACAACAGAAUAAGAGCUAGGACUUUAUUUCACUUUACUCGCAAUCCCUCCCAGUUUGCGCGACAGCAGAGAUACGUAACAGGAAUUCCACUGGAUCUUAUAUCGGUCUUUCGAAAACAAACACAUAAUGGUUGGGAGCACCGCUUUCGCAGAAGUCUGUGGCCAUAUCAUUUUCAGCUUUACGCGAAGUGUGGCCGAACACUACAACUUUGAUGAAGCGGAACAUACCUCAGAUCUGUUUGGCUACAAUCCUCUUGAUGACAAAGGGACUGAGUGGUAUUGCCAGCCUGUGGAUGAGGUUAUUUACCAAGAAUACAGCAACAAGGAAGCAACAUCACUCGAUUAUCUCGCGUCUAGCAAUAUCGGCGCCAGGUUUGUAGACGCAAGUUCGACAGAAGACAACGAAACAACACAGGAACCACCAGAAGAUAGAGCAAUGGCUUGGAAGCGGCUUAGACCACCGAUGUGGCGCACAGUUUGGAAUUCAUUGCUGUUUGGAUUUGUGAUGUCCGUUUUGACUGCCGCAGUUGUUGGAAUAGUCUCUAUUCUCCUCUUCUACCUCUGCUAUCAGACAAGGCUAAGUUGUGAAGGUAAACCCAAGGAAUCGAUCCCAAUAAAGCUUCAAUGGAUUAGCACUAUUACAGAAACUGUCUCUGCCUUUGUGAUGUACUGCUGGUUUUUCCUUAACUCAUUGUUCUUUUUUCGGCCGUUUCAAAUAUGGGGUCUAAAACUUAAAACGUUUCUGCUAUGUCUACCUUUCUUCUGCUUGGAUGCGGGCUAUCGAAUCGCCACUCAAGCCCUUGGAAUCUCACAUUCCAAGUUGUCAGCUACACAAACCCUUCCCUUAAACGUUUUGUUUUUGUCGUGUGUCUGUUUACAAGCGUACAACUUUUCCAAGCAUUUUGUUAACGGCCCCAGUAGAAAACUGUUCAAGUUGUUCGUACUUUUUGCAAUUCCGUGCAUGUUAACAUUUGUUCUUUCUCUUUUCGUACCCUUUGGCAUUUACCCAUUUUACAACAAACAAGACAAAACUGGCAGAUUAUUAAUCGCGCUAUUUUCACCUCUGAUUGUCGUGCUUCUCAAAGGCAUCUCACGUACUUGUGUCCAGCGGUUAUGGAAGAUAAGCCAUCCUGGAACUUCAUUCGUACUGUUGUCUCCGCUGUAUUGUGGGUCAGCGGUAUUGUUAAGGCUUUUACAAGUGGAUUUAAGCAGAUUGGAAUCCGUUGCGUUGAUUGGCGUAAUCCAUGGCAUUGCUGAAGUCGUAGAACGCAGCACAAUAGCUUUGAUUGAUCACAUUUAUAAUCAGGUCUGGGAGAGAAGACUAGUUGCCUGGGGAGGUUUUCGUACUCCUCGUCGUGAGCGGCUUGCAGCAGAUAUCGCCAUUAUGAGCGUGGUGUACGAAGCAAGUGCUGUCAUCUCUGCAAACGGCUUCUUGUACUUGUACCAAUACUAUUACACGGAGAACAAUUCUCCUUUAGAGCUGCUGCUCUCUUUUGCCGCCACCACCUUAGUUCCCUUGGCUAUUGAGUGGUUUUUUACAAGCCUAUCGUUCGCGAUUGAAACCCGUUACCUUAAUAUCCCUGUAAUAGCUGUAUGGCGCAAAAGAUGGAGGAGACAUAUCCUGGUAGCGAUAGUAAACUCAGUGGCCAUCACUCUUUGGGCGAGCACAUCUCUUGUGAUUGCUGUAGAAGGACGUUUUAUUGACGUGGCUAAAUUCCACUGUCAAAUGCCGUUCAGUUAAUCAUUUUUAAAUCGGAAAAUCCAAUCCAAGUUCCGACUCGAUCCCUCCUUCGCCCCUUCGCUCCUUCGCUUCUUCGCGUCCUGUUAGACUUUUUGUAAAUCCGCUGACCAAUGCAAAAGUAAACUUUUAAUCUGGUAAUAAAGCUUGUUGUUUUCACAGUGGUAGCGAAGUGUUCAAGUCAUUAUAUUCGACGCGAAGGUCACGAUUUCCUCACAGAGUGAGUAGUUUAAAUUUAAAAUACGUCUGAAUAGUAAGAAUGGGGAAAUGCAACAGAGAAACGGAAAAAGGAAAACUUUAAUGUAUUAUUUCUGAGUUUUAAGGACUAGUACGUCUGAACAAUAGAAAUUUUUCUUGCAUGUUUGCACUCGACCACUUGAGUUUUGAAACCUGAGUAAUAAUAAUAACGCAUAACGUAACGCAUAUAGCGUGGGGAAUGUCACGUUUUUGAUAUGCAAUCUUCAUUGGCAGAAAAAGCAGUUUAAUUUGAUUUUCGUUUUAAUAAAAGGAAGUUGAUAAUUA